UGCAUAUCUGCAUAUUUUUAACCAACGUUAGUGUUACUACCGCGUCCUAUGCUCUCGACGUUCACAUCAUGCCUCUUCUGCUUAAAAAUAUUAAACAAAUUGUUAAUGUGAUAAAAACUAACGAAUCUAAGCUUAUUGUAGAAGAAUCAGACAAUAUACAUAUUACGAAUUCGAUAUCAACCUCUCGACUUUCUAUAAUUAUUAAUGAUGAGGGAAUAAUUGAAGAUAUAAUCGACUCUUCCAGAUUUUCACCUAGUGUGAAAAACAUUAUUGAAAUAGAUUGCAACGGAGGCGUUGUUAUGCCUGGAUUUGUUGAUGCCCACACGCAUCCUGUGUGGGCUGGAGACAGAGUCCACGAAUUUACAAUGAAGAUGAGUGGAGCUUCCUACAUUGAAAUUCACGAGAAAGGUGGUGGUAUUCAUUUUACUGUAAGGCACACAAAAGAAGCUAGCGAAGGGGAGCUGUACGCUUCACUUAAGUCACGACUUAAGAAUUUUUGCAGGAAAGGGACAACUACUCUUGAGUGCAAAUCCGGCUAUGGGCUAACCUGGGAAGAUGAAAAAAAAUUACUUAAAGUUCUAACUCGAGCAAAAAGAGAAUUGCCUCUUGACAUUUCCAUAACGUACCUGGCGGCUCACGCCGUCCCAAAAAAUACGAAUGCAGAGGAAUUUACGGAGAAAAUAAUCAACGAACAAAUACCGCUUUUGGAAGCUUCAAUGAAGAAAGGAGAGAUAGACGUCGAUAAUAUCGAUGUAUUCUGUGAAAAAGGAGUUUAUAACAUAAAUCAAACAAAACGAAUAUUGGAAGCCGGAAUGGAGAUAGGUCUAGCUGGAAACUUUCAUGCCGAUGAACUUACCUGUCUUGGUGGUGCGGAGGCAAUAAUUUGA